AUGCUGUUAACUUGGUUGACAAAGACCCAGCUCGGAAGCGGGGAGUGCGGACGGCCUAGGGCGGGCUGGCAGAUCGAUCCGUUCGGGCAUUCGCGCGAGCAGGGUUCACUGUUCGUCCAGAUGGGAUACGACGGGCUGUUUCAGGGUCGGCUAGAUUUCCAGGACAAAAACGAGCGCAUCGCGAAGCAAACGAUGGAAAUGAUGUGGAAAACCAGUGCCAGUCUCGAGCACAGCGAACUGUUCACCAGUGGCCUUUACUACAUCUACGCUCCGCCGCCUGGCUUCUGCUUCGACGUGCUGUGCAACGAUGACCCGAUCAUCGAUGGGCCAUACUCGGCGGAUAACAAUGUCCGGGAGAAAAUUGAUCUCUUUCUGGACACGGUACAGAACGUGUCGAAAGCAUACUUGACGAACAACAUAAUUCUAACCAUGGGAGAAGAUUUCCACUAUCAAGAUGCUAAUAUGUGGUUCAAGAACUUGGAUAAAUUGAUCAAGUACACAAAUGCACGCCAGGCGGAAGGAUCGAUGGUCAAUGCGUUCUACUCUACACCUUCCUGUUACUUGAAUGCUGUGCACGACGCAAACGUGGAUUGGCCUACCAAGUCUGACGACUUUUUCCCUUACGAAUCGGAUUACCAUUCCUUCUGGACGGGUUACUUCACCUCCCGACCAACGCAAAAGCGCUACGAACGCGAAGGAAACCACUUCCUUCAGGUCUGCAAACAGCUAACGGCUAUCGCUCCGACGAAAGAGGAAUUCUUCGACCAGCAUCUAACCCGUCUCCGUGAGGUUAUGGGAGUCAUGCAGCACCACGAUGCAAUCACUGGUACCGAGAAGCAGCACGUCGCUGACGACUACAACCGCAUGUUGUACGUGGGCUUUGAGGCAUGUAAUGCCAAUACGCGAUCGGUCCUCAACCAAUUGACUGGAGAAAGAGAGAACUUCCAAUUCGAGUGGAACUACUGCAAAGCUCAAAACAUCAGCGCCUGCGAAACGACCGAAUCUUUCGAGAACCUUGUCGUGCUCCUGUAUAAUCCACUUGCCCAUAGCACCGACGACUUCGUGCGACUUCCGGUGAAGGAAGGUCAAUAUGUCGUGCAAAACGAUCGAGGACAGGCUGUUCCAUCGACGCUCAUCCCGAUUCCAAGCUCCAUCAUCGAUAUUCCGUUCCGUGAAAGCUCUGCGACUCAUGAGCUGGUGUUCCACGCCGAAGCGAUUGCUCCUGUCGGUUACCGAUCGUACUACGUUUCGAAGGAAGCGGUCCGUGUUGCGACUUCUCAACGUGCGACUAUACGACAGGAGGACAAUGUUAGCAUCGGAAACGAACAUCUCACAGUCACGUUCGAUGCAAACGGUUUCAUGAGCUCGGUCACCGUAAAUGGAGAGACUCAUCCUCUGAAACAGAAUUUCCUGUACUACGAAGGCGCCUACGGAAACAACGAAGCUUACGAAAACCGAUCUUCCGGAGCAUACAUCUUCCGCCCGAAUGGUACCGAAAACACGGUCACCGAUGUUGUUGAAAUACAGGUCGUAAAGACGGAUCUGGUGCAGGAAGUACACCAGAUUUUCAAUGAGUGGAUCAGUCAGGUGAUCCGAGUGUAUGCCGGCCAGGAGCAUGUGGAGCUGGAGUGGCUUGUUGGACCGAUCCCGAUCGAUGAUGAUAAGGGCAAGGAAAUUAUCUCUCGCUUCGAGUCGGACAUUGCAUCGAGCGGUGUGUUCUGGACCGACUCAAAUGGACGCGAAAUGCUUCGGCGAGUGCGAAACAAGCGAGAAACUUGGGAUCUUAACCUACAGGAGCCUCUCGCCGGCAAUUACUAUCCAGUAACAACUAAGAUCACCAUUGAAGAUGACACCAGUCGCUUAUCGUUACUAAUCGAUCGUGCACAAGGAGGAUCUAGUUUGACCGAUGGCCAUUUAGAACUCAUGGUACACCGAAGGUUGCUGCGAGAUGAUCGUUUCGGUGUUGGCGAAGCGCUAAACGAAACACAAUUUGGAGCUGGCUUAGUAGCAAGAGGCAAACAUUGGCUCAUAUUUGGACCAUCGUCUAAAGUCAGUUCGCAAGGUCAAACACAAGCAGCGAAGGAAAGGGUUCUUCAACGCCGCGUCCACCUAGCUCCAUGGGUAUUUAUUGCUAAAACAAACGGAGUUUCUGCCAAGGAAUUCUCCGGCCAAACUAGAAGAAGUUUUACCUCCGUCAAGGAUGUAUUGCCACUAAGUGUGCACCUGUUAACACUGGAACCCUGGACGGAUGAUGAAGUUUUAGUUCGAUUUGAGCAUAUUUUUGAGACAAACGAAGACCCAUCGCUCUCGCAGCCUGUUGAAUUUGAUAUUCAAGAUUGGUUUGAACACUAUCAGAUUACCGACAUCAAAGAAACGACUCUGGCAGGAAAUCAGUUGAAAUCAGCUUCCCAGCGUCUAGUUUAUGGACCAAGGAAAUCCGUAGCAAAAGACUUGUUCAAUGCAGUAAAGGAAAAUCCCUAUACUAUCCAGUUAAGUCCAAUGCAAAUAAGAACGUAUAUCCUUAAAAUCAGACCCCGAUUUUGA